GCUCGAGGCUCCGCUGAGAGAGUAGGCCUAUACAGACAACGACAAACGAGACAGAAGAGCAGCAAAAACAUCAGGAAACAUGAAAUCGAUUGACAUUUCUCUAGUCGGCCUUCUCUUGCUCUUCAGCGUUCAGCUCAUGCGCGCGUUCCCGCUGCAAAACACAGCCUUAACCACCGAGGACAGGGAUGUCUUAAAGCUCCUUCUACAGCGACUGGAGGAGUCCAUUCCCGCUUCUUCUCAAGAGCAAACAGUGAUGAAAGUGAAAGAAGAGGAGGAUAAUCCUGAAGAAACCCGCGUUGAACCUCAACCCAAGACUGACAUGAGGGACUAUCUGUCUGCUCGGGACUUGAGGACAGUCCGGCAGGACUCCAAGAGAUAUUCCGGGUGUUUCGGGCGCAAACUGGACAGAAUCGGCUCCAUGUCGUCCCUGGGCUGCAACACCGCCGGACGCUCAGGUAACUACUUCAUGUUCUAAGAAGUGGUGAAGUCUUAAUGUUUAGGAGCUUCUACACUGCAACAAAUGCUAACUUUUAGUGCUGGUGUUACUUUAAAGAGUUAUGUCUACUUGAUCUGACCUUAUUAUGACUUCUGUUGGUGUAACCUAAUGUAUUCAGGUUGAUGUAGUCAUAUUAAAUUAUAUUUCUGACAUCAACAAAAAACAAGAUGUUACUAUCAAA